AUGACGGACAGGAAAGCAGUGAUCAAAAAUGCAGACAUGUCUGAAGAUAUGCAGCAGGAUGCCAUUGAUUGUGCGACGCAGGCACUUGAAAAGUAUAACAUAGAAAAAGAUAUUGCUGCAUACAUAAAAAAAGAAUUCGACAAGAAAUAUAAUCCUACAUGGCAUUGUAUUGUGGGACGUAAUUUUGGUUCCUAUGUGACGCACGAAACGAAGCAUUUUAUUUACUUUUAUCUUGGCCAGGUUGCCAUCCUGCUUUUCAAGAGUGGAUAA